CGGGCAACCGCCAUUGACUAGACUUGCGUGCGAACCUUAGGCAGCACUUCAGAAGUAGCUGGCAUGAGGGCUCCACCCUCCCACGACCCUUCAAAUCGUCAAGUCGGCAGAACGUGAGGUGACGAUCCUGCAAACAUGGCCAAAUUCGUCCCUCGGCAGCGCAAGCACAGGGUGCUCGCGCGCCAAAAGGCCAGCGAAAAUGCUGUCCGGCGCGAUGAUCACGAAGCCCAGGAUACCAAUCAGGAGCUGCUCCCGGCCGAGAAGAAGGCGCGCGAUGACAGAGAGAGGAGGGCGCGCAUGAAAGACGAGCUGCGCCAGGAUGGUGUCAAAGUAAGCGGCAAAAAGGCCAAGCGCCUCGAAAAGUACAUCGACAACAAGUUGCGCAAAGACGAGAAUCGCGAGUUGCUGGCCAAGUUGGCCGCGCGGAAAGUCGACACAAGUCUCUUCACCAGCAGCAGGUCAUUGGGACAGGGCCGCGAGACGACGAAGCAGCUGAUCUCACGGGCGUUGCGCGAGAAGCGCGCCGGCAUCCAAGGUGAAGAGGCCGACGAUGUGCUCUUUGAGAGGAGGGAGGAAGCGGACACGGAAGAAGGUGACGACGACGACGAACUCGACGACGAUUCGGGCGACGCCGCGAUCGACGAACCGAUACCAAACAAGUCAGCGGCAGAACAGAUUACGGUCCCCACGUUUGCGGCGGCACCAUCUGCCCCGAUUACUGUCGGCUCGGGCCUGAAGCGGCCGCUCGAUGUCGACGAUGAGGGCAGGCCAGUCAUCAAGAAAAGGCAAAAGAGGGGCGGUGUAAAAACUAAAAUACACACGUCUGCCCCAGACCCCUUGGCUUAUGACGACGAGGACGACGGGGAUGGAUCCGAGGAUGAAGAGUGGGAGGGCUUCAGCGACGCUGAUGCCAAGAGCAAGGGUCCCGAGGACGGCCCAUCGGAAGACGAUUCAAGCGGGAGCGGUGACGACGAGGAAGACUCUGACCUCGGGUCAAGCGACGAAAGUUCUGAUGAGUCUGUUGGCGAUAACGAAGAUGGGCCUCCAAGACAAUCAGCCUUUAAGAGCUGGGCCCUGCAGCAGCGCAACGAGGCCCUUGGUUUCAAACCUACCAGUGCUGCGACAACGAGCCUACAAAUACCAAAACCCGAAAACUUCGUGCCUCGUGCUCCCGAGCAGGACCCUCUUCCAAUGGAGCUGAAGCCCGGGAUACGGACUGAUCGAAAAGCCUACAGCGUCACCGUCACGAGGACUCCAGAUAUUCAGGAGGCCCGACUGCAGCUUCCCGUUGUCUCCGAGGAACAGCGACUAAUGGAGGCAAUUCACAACAACGAUAUUGUUGUCAUUUGCGGUGCCACGGGCUCCGGUAAGACGACACAAGUACCGCAAUUCUUGUAUGAAGCAGGCUACGGGUCCCCAGAUUCGCCCACCCCCGGUUUGAUUGGCAUUACGCAGCCGCGCCGAGUUGCCGCGGUCAGUAUGGCUAAACGAGUUGCCGAAGAGCUAGGCGACCACGGCAAGUCGGUUGCCUACCAGAUUCGGUUCGAAGGCUCCGUCGAUGCGAACACGGCCAUCAAGUUCAUGACUGACGGUGUGUUGCUGCGGGAAGUCGCGCAAGACAUUGCCCUACGCAAGUAUUCCGCCAUCAUCAUUGAUGAGGCUCACGAGAGGAGCGUCAAUACGGACAUCCUCAUUGGCAUGCUCAGCCGUGUCAUCAAGCUGCGCGCUGAACUGGCUCAGGAGGACCCGACGAUUAAGCCGUUGAAACUAAUCAUCAUGUCGGCCACGCUCAGAAUAGAGGACCUGACCAUGAACACCAAGUUGUUCGCAACACCACCGCCGGUUCUUGAAGUGGAGGGGCGGCAGCAUCCCGUUACUAUUCACUUCGCCAGGAAGACACACCAUGAUUACGUGGAAGAAGCAUUCCGCAAGAUCAGCAGGGGCCACCAAAAACUUCCUCCGGGUGGUUUCCUUGUGUUUCUCACUGGUCGCAACGAAAUCAUCCAGCUGAGCAAGCGACUCAAGGCGGCCUUUGGCGGUCUUCAUUCGGCCGAAGGCCCAAAAGUACAGAUAUCUGCAGCUGAUGCUCCGGUAGAAGUCGAUGAUAUCGAGUUCGGUGAUGUGGACGACUACGACAGCGACGACAGAGACGGGCUGUCGUCUGAUGAGGAAGACGAGGAAGAGUUCCAGGUCGAAGAAGACCAAGAAGAGGCGCCGUUGAAGAUGCAGAUACUCCCGCUGUACUCGCUUUUGCCAACGAGAGAGCAGAUGCGAGUCUUCGAGCCCGCGCCUGAUGGAACGCGACAAAUCAUUCUAGCGACCAACGUCGCAGAGACAAGUUUGACUAUUCCCGGGACGAGGUUCGUCUUCGACUGCGGCCGAUCCAAGGAGCGACACUACGACCGCCUGAGUGGCGUCCAGAGCUAUGACAUUGGGUGGAUCAGCAAAGCCAGCGCAAAGCAGCGGUCGGGCCGCGCAGGUCGAACGGGCCCAGGUCACUGCUAUAGGCUGUACUCAUCGGCUGUGUACGAGAGAGACUUUGCUGCGUUUGCGGAUCCCGAGGUGCUACGCAUGCCAAUUGAGGGUGUGACGCUGCAGCUCAAGGCGAUGAACCUCCAGAACGUGGUCAACUUUCCUUUCCCAACCCCUCCGGAUAGACAGAGCCUGGCCAAGUCGGAGAAGCUUCUCACAUAUCUAUCCGCUCUGUCGCCGUCUGGCCAGGUGACGGACAUUGGUAAGACCAUGUCCAUCUUCCCACUCUCCCCAAGGUUUGCGCGCAUCCUGCUGGUCGGCCACCUACACGACUGCCUCCCGUACACGAUUGCGAUGAUCGCCGGGUUGUCCGUUCCGGAAGUCUUCCUCCCGGAGAACCAGGCCAUCCCCACCUUAGCAGCAAAGGAUGGCACGGAGAUCAGGACAAACUCCGAUGUCAUCGCGGAGAACCGCCAGGCAGAGGCUCGCAAGAUGUUCAAUGAGGUCCACAAGACAUUCUGCUUCUUGGAUGAUAGGUCAGAUGCAAUCAAGCUUCUCCAGGUAGUGGGCGAAUUCGCCCACGAUCCUACAGAGCAGUGGUGUGAGAGCCACUUUGUGCGAUUCAAGGUCCUGAAGGAGACGCAGCUGCUGCGCAGGCAGAUCACCGAGCUCCUCCGAACCAACGUCGCGGCCUUUGCCAACCUCAAGUAUCAGGAGAAGCUGGAUGCGCCCACGCCAAAGCAGGUCAGCGCGCUGAAGCAAAUGGUGGCGCGUGGCUUUGUUGACCAGGUCGCUCUACGUGCGGACAUGGCGCCGAACCCGCCGGAGCAGUACCGCAAACCCAGACGGGCAAUCGACGUGCCCUACAUACCGCUUGUUCCGCUGAGUUCGGGGGGCGACGGCCUCGUGUACAUUCAUCCAACAUCGCCGCUUGCUCAUCUGAGUCCGCAAGAGUGCCCCGAGUACAUUGUGUACUCGCAGCUGCAGCGCGCCACACCAUCUGGCCUCGACCCAGAGAAGAAGCCCAAGACGAGGAUGCUCGCGCUGACGGACGUGACGGGCGGCCAGCUGUCGGGCCUCGCCAAGGGUACCCCGCUCAUAAGCUACGGCAAGCCCAUCAAGGAGCUCAAGACGACGACACUGGCAUCGGGCGAGAUGACGAGGGAGUGUUGGGUGGUUCCCUAUUUGAGGGCUGAAGGGACUGGCGGCCAGGGGUGGCCACUGCCAGCCAAGAAGGUCACACAGAAAAAGGUGGCUGGCAAGGGCUGGGUUGUCCAGUAACACGACGUUUCUUGGGUAUGCCAUGCGAGGGUAAUGACGGAUGUUACGGAGUGAGUUCGUAGCACCGGCGGACCAUGCGGAGAAGCAUCUGGGGAACCAACUCACAUCCAUACGUGCAUAGAAGUGCAUAUCAUCUACCUAGGCCAGAGUAGCGCGGCCUAAAUCACAUGAUUGACACAACCGGUGUUUGCCG